GGAAACUCAGUUAAAAGAAACUGAAACUGUUCUGCUGUUGAGCUGUUGUUUGUGUGUCUGUAUUGCUGUAGACAGUGAAAUGGCUGAAGCCAGUGUUUUUUUCAGUGGAGCAGUUCAGCUGUCCAGUGUGUCUGGAUCUCCUGAAGGAUCCAGUGACCAUUCCCUGUGGACACAGUUACUGUAUGAGCUGCAUUACAGACUGCUGGGAUCAAGAGGAUCAGAAGAGAGUCUACAACUGUCCUCAGUGCAGACAGAUCUUCAGUCCAAGACCUGCUUUAGCUAAAAACACCAUGCUGGCUGAAGUGGUGGAGAAACUGAAAAAGACCAAACUAAAAGCUGUUCCUGCUGGAUCUGGAGACGUGGAGUGUGACAUCUGUACUGGAAGAAAACACAAAGCUGUCAAGUCCUGUCUGGUGUGUCUGGAGUCUUACUGUCAAACUCACUUUGAGCGUCAUGAAGAGUUUCGUUCAGGAAAGAGACACAAAGUGACUGAUGCCACUGGACGACUGCAGCAGAUGAUCUGCCAGAAACAUGAGAAGCUUCUGGAGGUUUUCUGUUGUACUGAUCAGCAAUGUGUUUGCAUGCUGUGUGCAAUGGAUGAACAUAAAAACCAUGAGACUGUGUCAACUGCAGCAGAGAGGACAGAGAAAGAGAAACACUUGAAGGAGACACAGAGUGAAAUCCAGCAGAGAAUCCAGCAGAGACAGAAAGAUCUUGAGCAGCUGAGAGACGCUGUGGAGUCUCAUCAGCGCUCUGCACAGACAGCAGUGGAGGACAGUGAGAGGAUCUUUACUGAGCUCAUCCGCUCCAUUGAGAGAAGCCGCUCUGAGGUGACACAGCGGAUCAGAGAUCAGGAAAAGACUGCAGUGAGUCGAGCUGAAGGACAAAUGGAGCGACUGGAGCAAGAGAUUGAAGAUCUGAAGAAGAGAAACACUGAGCUGGAGCAGCUUUCCCACACAGACGAUCACAUCCAUUUCCUGCAGAGUCUUCAGUCUCUCUCAGCUCCUCCUGAAUCUACAGAAAACAUCUCUGUCAGUUUCCUCUUUUCUUUUGAUGGAGUGAGAGAAUCUGUCCGUCAGCUGAGACUCAAACUGGAGGAUUUCUGCAAAGAGGAGAUGAAACAGAUAUCUGUCAGUCACAUUGUUCCCAGGAGCAGAGAGGACUUCCUACAAUGUAAGUCACAGACAAACACAAUCACACUCACUAAGACACUUUAACAAGAAAGAUUAGUUUGAAGUGACAGAACUAAUAGAAAAUAUUAUGUAUUCACAUUCAUCAGGAAUCAUGUGCAGUGUAGGCAAAGACAUUAAAAAAUACUAAUUAUU